AGCAGCAAUGCUUGAGGCGGGCUCUGGCUGCGCCGUUGGCCUAACCACUCCUCCUCGCUAUGAGACGCGACGCGUGGCCAUGCAGCGCAAACUGGAAGAACAACAGCAACUGCAAUUGCAACAACUGGAAGAGCAUGUGCUUGAACUGACGCCACCAGCUACGCCGCCCACUCCGUUGCCGCCUCAUUCACCCACCAGCAGCGUGGCCAGCAGCAUUGACUUGCAGUUGCGCACUCGACGCGAACUGGAGCGCAACCGUGAGUUUGUCAGCGCACUGCUGCUCGCCUACGAGCGCCACGAGAAGCUCUGGAAUCCCAAGCAUGCACAGUAUAAAUAUAACGCCAAGCGCAGCGUCUACAGCGAGCUGGCUGCUCCACUCCAAGCUACAUUUCAAAUGCCGCUCAGUGGCAGCGACAUCUUUGCCGUGCUCAAGGAGCUGCGUGGACGCUAUCGACGCGAGCUGAGCAAGCUGAAUGCGCUGGGUGGCAAGUACAAGUCGCGGCUGUGGUACUUUGACAAGCUGCACUUUCUGCGUGGAGUUAUAGAGCACAAGCGUGCAGAGCGUGAGGCUAAGAGCGAAACUACAGAGAGCGAGCGCAGCUGCGAGACCGACAAUGAAUCCACCAGCAAGUCGGCGCAAUAUCGUGAAGUGCUCAGCUACAUCAUUGCGGCGUUUAAGCGUCAGGAGUGCUUGUGGAAUCCGCAGCACUUGGACUACAACAACUGCAGCAAGCAGGAGCUGUACAAGGACAUUGCUGCUGAGCUGCUGGAGGAGCAGCAGUAUGAAAUGAGCGGCGAUCAGUGCUACAAGGAGCUGCAAAAGCUGCGCACGCGCUAUCGCAAGGAACUGCGCAUGGUUAUCAAGCACAAAGGACUCUAUUUGCCCAAGCUCUGGUGCUAUGAUGAGCUGGAGUUUUUGCACAAUAUACUGCAGCAGCAAAUCUUUAAUAAACUAAGCAAGAAAAAAGGCGUCGUCGAAACGCAGCAGCGCACCAAGUUUAUACAUGCGGCUGCCAUAAGCUUCGACAGCGUUGAGGAUCAGCUGCAGUUUGUUGAAAUCUAUCGCAAUUAUCCAGCGCUAUGGGAAGUAGAUCAUCCGGAUUAUCGCAGCAAUGCGUAUCGCAAUCAAGCGCUGGCACAAAUGCUGGAGGAGCUGAACAACACUUAUCAAAGCGCCUACACGCAUGCGCAGCUGGAGAAGACGCUGUUUGAGCUGCGCAAGGAUUACUCGGCGCAAAAGCGCAGCACGCUCACCAAUGCCAGCGGUUGUAGCAGCAUUCCGCUGCUGCAUGCCAAGCUGGGCGAGUUUCUGGAGCAGAAUCUGGGUCCGUUUCGCUGCGAACACUGCCAGCUGCUCAUCAAGACCUGUGAUCAGUACAAAGUGCAUCGUGCCACACACGACGGCACGCAGCCUUUCAUCUGCACGCUCUGUGGCAAGGGCUUCCAAAUGCCCUGCAAUCUAACGGUGCAUAUACGUCGCCAUCGACGCGACUUUCCAUAUGCCUGCGAGCAGUGCGACAAGCGCUUUGCCACCUCCACCGAGGUGGCCAUUCACAUGCGCACGCACACCGGCGAGCGUCCGUAUAUAUGUGAUCUGUGCGGCAAGUCGUUCAAGACCUGGUCAUUCUUUGAUAUACAUCGCCGCACGCAUCUCAACCAGUCCACCUUUCACUGCCCCAUUUGCGAUAAGGGUUUCUAUGAGAAGAAUCGCUUCACGGACCACAUGAAUGCGCAUUUGAAUAUACGCAAGCAUCUGUGCACGGUCUGCGGCAAAACCUUUACCACCUAUGGCAAUCUCAAGAAGCACACCGAACUGCAUUUGCCUGUUAGAAAGUACAAGUGCAACGCUUGUGGCAAGCGCUUUGCCCAGUUUGCCAGUCUGCGUUGGCAUCGCAAGCGGGAGCAUAACGUCGAGGCGCACUGCCAAGGCGAGGAGGGGGAGUAGACAUGCAUACUGUUAGUUUUAUGGUCUAAUUACUUAGUGUAAGCCACUGUUAACUGUGUACUUCAGGCAGCUACAAGAUACAUUUGUAUCUCAUAUCCAUAGCUACUAAAAAUAAAUUAGCUUUAAGCUGAGACAACAAACUGUCGACUGUUUUAACUUGUUGCCCACUUUUUAAUUUAUAAGUUAAUCAAUUAAAUGCAGCUAUUACUUAUCA